UAUCGCCUCUGCUGCCCAUUGUCAUGGUCUUGUCAUGACCCAGUGAUGCAAUCGGAAGCGUCCUGAUCCGGCACUCCUCCUCCUCACACGCUCGCCAAGGAUGGCCGCCUCGGUCGAGGAGUUCGUAGAGCUACUCUCCUCGGAGCAGCAUGUGGACAUUGCUCGACUGCGGCACCUCUCCAGGCAUGGCGUCCAUCCUGCAGUGCGUGGCGAGGUAUGGAUGUAUCUCCUCGGCGUCCUCUCCCCGGACAAGAGUCAGGAGAUGACUUCUGUGCGAGCCCUCUACAAUACCUACGACGGCCUCUUCUCCUCUUACUCGCACCCACGCUCCUUUUCGUCAAAGGUGUCCGAUCUCAUUCGACAGGAGGCAGAGCGAGUCUGGAGGCAUCGCGUACCUCACGACUUUGACUACCUCCGCGGAGAUCAGCGCACACAGUACGAUGCAUCCUCUUCACAUCAUCCGCCCGAGCUGCCCAAGGCCAAGGAAGGAAGCAUCGGUCGAUCCUUGCCCACAAAGGCCAAAGGCGCACGCGAUCGCGGCCCUCUGAGGCCGAUCAGGGCGAUGAAUUGCCACGGCCUCCCCAGUAAUGCUGGCAGCGGUCCAAUCCCCUCGUCCACGUCCUCGCUGGCAGCACAGGAGCAUCUGUCACAGGCGGCCAUAGAGCAUGACGAGCUCAAACAACACUUCAUCAAGCGCAUACACAACGUCCUCAGCGUUUGGAUCGGCAGGAAGUCGUCGGAGCAAAGAGAGGCUGCAAAAUUGCGUGAGAGGCUACUGCAGGAAGCAAGCGUAGCGAGACAAGACGAAGCGUCAGGCUCGGGCGAUCUCUCAUCCGAAGAGACUUUAUACCCAGGCAACCUCCUCUCAGCCAAUGAAACGGCUUCAGAGGGCAGCUCGCUAACCUCACGAGAUGCCGAUACGAGACCCUACGCGGUGGCUCUGCGCCGAUCUGGAGAAAGCGAAGAGGUGUCAACCCCUCGUCCUCCUCGGCAACAUUCAGAGUGGCCGGUCGAGCAGAGUGCAGGCUAUGCAAGAUCACUGCCUGGACGAGUGGGUCAUCCAAGUCAUGUCGAGGAGCAAGCCGUCGAUGACGACAGCGGGGAGGAGCCUUUUGACCCUGCCAUGGGCAUGGGCGUUGAAGACAACGACGACUAUGGCUACCCAGACGAUCUCGCCCCCUUCGAUAGUCCGCAUGCACACGUCCGGAAUAGAUCGAGAGCAGAUAGCAAAAGGGACUCAUCUCGACUUGCACACCAGGCUUCGACGGAUGGAGACUCCAACUCUGCAUCUGAUGGCGCGGGCCUAGGCAGCAGCGUUGCUGACUCGCAGCCGAUUCCCAUUGCAACGGCCAACGGCGAAGAUCAAGUGGGCCUCGGAGUCUCAGGGUGGGAUCAAUCAAAGGCUCUUCCUUCUUCUUCUUCUUCCCCUUCCCAACAGAACAGUUCCCGCUUCCACACCCGUCUUCACUCUUCUGGGAGGCCUAGGUCGCCCCAUUCGGGCUAUACCUCUCCUCAUCGUGCUCGGGCAGGUCACCUCGGCUCACUCUCGCCCAGGCCUCGAUCACGUGGCUCUCCGUCUUCCGCCGGAUCGGACGAAGAGGCUGAUGGAGAAGAAGAAGAGAGCCGUGCAAUUGACGAGGAGCUUCUGCAGAUUCAGGAGAGGCUUUGGUCACCUCAUCUGGUGCAGCUGGCCAGUCCCUUUGUGCUCAUCAGCGGCAAGAAGAGGGUGGAAGCUGGGAUCUUCUUCGCCUUUGAUAAAUUGAUGACUCUAAUCGAGUCUCGUCGCAAAGCUUUCCCUAUCUCACACAUCCUGGCAACCUUUCACUCUCUCCUCCGUCGGACUCUUCCCGACCUCAGAGCCUACUUCGACGAUGAAGGCCUGGACGUGACUCCUUUUGUCAAAGGUUGGCUGGAAUCCCUCUUCAGCGGACAGAUGAAGCUCAACGAAGGGGGAUGUCUGCGCCUAUGGGACGCCUAUUUCUCAUCCCUACCAACGAUGGAUCUCGUGUCCUCUGCUUCGGACCAGAACCCUCCUCCAGCAGGAGCAGCGAUGGCGGCGAAGAAAGGUCACUAUGGAGUUCAAACCGUAGACGACGGUGAAAAUGCGGCCGUCCUGCCACCGUCGUCCUCGACGCCUCUCUCGCUGCACCUGUACGUCUGCCUGGCCAUCCUGCUGCAUUGCAAAGACACCCUCGAGGAGCUAGACCGCUCUGAAUGCGAGUCUUUCCUGCGUGGUCUGCCGGAUCUGGACGUGGAGAAGAUUCUCAACGAGGCUGCAAACUUGCGGCUGAGUCAUCGGCAGGCCAUACUCACCUGUGGAGAGGGAGAGGGGGAUGUGGACGUGGACGGGUACGGGAAGGAACAAGGACAGCGAGAGAUGGAGCGUGCAAUUUGGAGGGAGAUCAUGGUCGAGGAAGAGGUGGUGGGGCAGGUAUCGGGUGCAGGGGAAGGAUUUGCAGAAGAACAAGAAAGGUCGUCUUGACACCGUGCUGCUCCUUCUGCCGAGGCGGCGACGCGGAUCAUUUCAAAUAGUACUUGUAAUGUAAUAUGUGAUUAUGUAGUGCAAUGCGAUACAUCCAAAGACACAAGAUCUAG